GUUUUCGUAGUAUAAUUGUAUAUGUUUAUACUCAAGAUUAUAUAAAUUAUGCCGAAGAAUAAAGGAAAAGGUGGUAAAAAUCGAAGAAGGGGAAAGAACGAGAAUGAAACUGAAAAGCGUGAGUUAGUCUUUAAAGAAGAUGGACAGGAGUACGCCCAAGUCACAAAGAUGCUCGGUAAUGGCCGCUUGGAGGCCAUGUGCUUUGAUGGCAUUAAACGUCUGUGUCAUAUUCGAGGGAAACUUAGGAAAAAGGUAUGGAUAAAUCAAGGUGACAUAAUACUAAUCGGCUUACGAGAUUACCAAGACGCCAAAGCAGAUGUUAUCCUGAAGUAUACCCCCGACGAAGCAAGGAAUCUUAAAACGUAUGGAGAGUUCCCCGAGACAGUGCGCAUCAACGAGACCGUGGUGUACUCCGUGGACGGUCUCGACGAGGACAUCGAGUUCGGCGACGAGGUUAGCUCCGAGGACGAGGCGGACGCGGUUGACGCUAUAUAAUAUACUAGCUCUAUUUAUAUCUGCAGUAAGUCUGUGAAAAUUAUUUUGCUGUUUUAGUAAAUAAACAUAAUUUUUGUGAUUAUAUAAAUUAGUUUCUUGGAACCAUUGAAUUACCUAAAUGUAACAUAAAAUGUCUAGAAUCUUAGACGUUCAUUAUUUUCAAAAAUUGUAAGUGUUCAUAACACGUUUCUGUAUAAUUCAUUUAUAAUAUGAAAGUUACCCCAUGUCGCACAUUAAAAUCUC